CUGUCUCACAUUCACAUCCCAGCCUGUCACUAUCGCAUCCGAAGGCGAGCAUGGCGCAAAGGGGGCCACGCGUGUCUCCAGCGGGGACCCUCCCCAGGACGGCCCCUAGCCUGGCGCUGCUGCUGCUGCUGCUCGGUGCCUGCUGGGCUGCGCGCCCCUCGGAGCCGUGGGGCGGCCCUGGCUCCAGCUGGGUAACCCGGGCAAGAAGGAGCCCGCGGGGACUGCUGAUCCGCGGCGGCGGGGAGGAGGCUAGUGAGCUGGGGCGCGCUGGCGACGGAGCAGGGGCUGCUGCUGCUGCAGGGAGUCGCUCCAAGAGAGCAUCCUCCGCUUCCUCCCGUCCGGCCAGGGAGCAGGUCUCGCUGAUCAGCACCUCCUUCGUGCUCAAAGGGGACGCGUCCCACAACCAGGCGAUGGUGCACUGGACUGGCGAGAACAGCAGCGUGAUUCUGAUCCUUACCAAGUAUUACCAUACUGACAUGGGAAAGGUGCUAGAGAGCUCUUUGUGGAGGUCAUCAGAUUUUGGGACAUUAUAUACAAAGCUGAAUCUGCAGCCUGGGAUUACUACAGUCAUAGACAAUUUCUACAUUUGUCCCACCAACAAAAAAAAGAUAAUUCUUGUGAGUUCUUCACAUAAUGACCGAGACCAGAGUCUUUUCAUGAGCACAGAUGAAGGAGCCACUUUUCAAAAGCAGCCUAUUACCUUCUUUGUGGAAACCCUGAUUUUUCACCCAAAAGAUGAGGACAAGGUGAUUGCUUACACCAAGGAAGGCAAGCUUUACGUGUCAGCUGAUUUGGGGAAAAAAUGGACUCUUCUGCAAGAACAAGUGUCAAAAGAUCAUAUAUUUUGGGCCGUUGCUGGAAUUGACAGAGACCCUGAUUUGGUUCAUAUGGAAAUCCAGGACCCCAGUGGAGGUUAUCGCUACAUCACCUGUCAGAUUCAGAAUUGCUCUGAUAAAACACUGACAGUCCAGUUUGCUGGCAGCAUCGACCGGGAUUCCUUGACUGUGCAAGAUGACUACAUAUUCCUCCAGACAACAUCAGGAAAUCAGACCAAAUAUUAUGUCUCUUACCGUCGAAAGGAUUUUGUUCAGAUGAAGCUACCAAAAUAUGCAUUACCGAAGGAUUUACAGAUUAUCAGCACAGAUGAAAACCAAGUGUUUGUGGCUGUUCAAGAAUGGUACCAGACAGACACGUACAACCUGUACCAGUCUGACCCACAGGGCGUAUACUAUUCCAUUUUACUGGAGAAUGUCAGGAGCACUAAGCAACCAGAAGAGAAUGUCCUGAUAGAUAUUCUGGAGGUCAGAGGUGUUAAAGGAGUCUUUUUGGCCAAUCAAAAAAUUGAUGGGAAAGUUAUGACUCUAAUAAGCUACAACAAAGGCCGUGACUGGGACUAUCUGACCCCUCCAAUCUCUGAUAUGAAUGGUAAACCAACCAACUGUAAACCUCCUGAUUGCCAUCUUCAUCUCCAUCUCCGCUGGGCAGACAAUCCAUAUGUGUCAGGAACAGUCCAUACCAAGGACACUGCACCAGGGCUCAUAAUGGGGGCAGGUAAUCUGGGCUCUCAGCUUGUUGAGUAUAAAGAAGAAAUGUACAUAACAUCUGACUGUGGGAAUACCUGGCAGCAGGUCUUUGAAGAAGAACAUCACAUCUUAUAUCUGGACCAUGGUGGAGUCAUUGUGGCCAUCAAAGACACUUCUAUCCCUCUGAAAAUACUCAAGUUCAGCAUAGAUGAAGGUCAGACCUGGAGUACGCAUAAUUUCACCAGUACAUCAGUUUUUGUAGAUGGGCUACUCAGUGAACCUGGAGACGAGACAUUAGUCAUGACAGUCUUUGGACAUAUUAGUUAUCGUUCAGACUGGGAGCUGGUGAAAGUAGACUUCAGACCAUCUUUCCCCAGGGAGUGCACUGAAGAUGACUAUGAAUCUUGGGAUCUCACAGAUCUACAGGGUAAUCGCUGCAUCAUGGGUCAGCAGAGAAGUUUUCGGAAGAGGAAGAUUUCAUCUUGGUGCAUUAAAGGGAGGAGUUUCACAUCUGCACUCUCAUCCAAAGUUUGCGAGUGUGCAAACUCUGAUUUCUUAUGUGAUUAUGGAUUUGAACGUUCAGCACCUCUGCAAUCAGAAUCUAGCAAAUGCUUUGCUAACUUUUGGUUUAACCCAGAAUCGCCCCCUGAAGACUGUGUAUUAGGGCAGGCCUAUGCAAGCAGCACAGGGUACAGGAAAGUGGUGUCUAAUGUAUGUGAAGGUGGUGUCGACUUGCAGCAGAACUUAGCCCAGCACAUGUGUCCACUGAUUGCUCCCAAAAGACUGUUGAUCAGCAUCAAAGGAGAGAGCCUGGCUGUUAAACCUGGAGAAGACGUCACCUUUGUAGUGUCACAAGAGCAGGGAGAUACUCUGAAUACCAAGUACCAGGUGGACCUUGGCGAUGGUUUUAAGGCAAUGUACAUGAACCUCACAAUGACAGGGGAACCUAUUCGUCACCAUUAUGAGAACCCUGGGAUUUACCGUGUCUCAGUCAGGGCUGAGAAUGUUGCCGGGCAUGAGGAGGCUGUGGUGUUUGUUCAAGUUAAUUCUCCACUGCAGGCUUUACAUCUAGAAGUGGUUCCAGUCAUUGGGAGAAACCAAGAAGUGAAUUUGACAGCCAUCAUAUUGCCCAAGAACCCUAACUUGACAGUCUUCUACUGGUGGAUAGGAAACAAUCUUCAGCCACUUCUCACUUUGGACAAUUUUUUGGUCACAAGAUUUGCUGAGACAGGUGAGGUGAGAGUUACAGUGCAGGCCUCCUGUGGGAACUCCAUGCUUCAGGAUUCCAAAAUUGUCCAAGUUUUUGAUCAUUUUCAAGUUCUUUCUCUAAAGUUUACUAAACAUCUGGACAUGUACAACCCCAACAUACCGGAGUGGAGGGAAGACAUAGGUCUGGUAGUAACACGACUUCUUGCAAAGGAAACGAAUAUCCCUGAAGAAACACUGGUGACUGUGGUGAAACCUGGUCUGCCCACAACUGCUGAUUUGCUUGUGCUGCUUCCAACAAACCAGCCAAAGCAGAAGAGAAGUAUAACUAAUGAUAAGAGAAUAGCUGCUAUAAAGCAGGCCUUGAAUGCUCAUAACAUCAGUUUUUUCCUGAGAGGAGGAUAUUGGGUCUUAGUGACGUUAGCCAGCUCUGAUUCAGACUCUCAGAGGAUUGGUGGAGGCAAUGGAUACUGGGCAAUAGUGGUUCUCUUUGUUAUCUGUCUAGUUGUAAUUGGAGCCUUCAUUCUCUACAAGUUUAAAAGGAAACUGCCAGGCAGAAAUGUCUAUGCCCAGAUGCACAAUGAGAAAGAACAGGAGAUGACCAGUCCUGUUAAUCACAGUGAGGACACCCAGAACAUCAUCCAGGGCAAUCACUCAGGCGUGGUUUUGAGCAUUAACUCCAGAGAGAUGCACAGUUACCUGGUUAGCUGAUGUUUACAGCUGAACACAAAAACCGAAAGACUCUUCUCUGUAUCUUUUAAUUUUUCCCUGGGGAUGUCACCAAGUUGCAAACAUGGCUGUGCCUGCUGAUGGAAAGUAGGUUCUUAGACAGUCCUGAAAAUACAGAUGUCCAUCAUCUGUUGCCAGGGGGGGGGGGGGAAGACUAUAGACUGGGAAUUUGUUACAAUUCAAACUCAACGUAAGGUAGCAGAUUUGUAGCCCUAGGCACACUGGAUGCCAAAUGUUCUCAUUUCUGUAUAUGUUCCUUAUGUUUGGCUUUAGGAGGACUGGACUUGAAUUCUUUUUACUGGCUAGGGUGUGCAAUGGAAGGCUGAAAUUUAACAACCCUGAAGAAUUGACUUUAAAAACAAGUGACUAGUGCAAACAUGGCUGCUUGACUGCUAUACAUUUAUACUUGUUUAAAAGGCUGUGACGACUCAGUCUGGUUCAGCACUAAGAGAGGAAUGAGCCAGGAGACAAAGGAACUCCUUAGCUCUUCUUCAAUUCCAGUUCUUACCUUUAAAAUGUGUGGGACAGCCUAAUGAGCAUCAGCUCACUAUGUGAGUCCCUGCUAUAAACUGAAGAAGUGAUGUAUCUUCUUGCAAGUAAAAUGAGUCCUAAGAAACCCCCAGCACUUCUCCCCCAUCCCACCCAAGAAAACCCACUAGCUUGAUUCUACUUCCAGAUCAGGUGCCUUCACUUCUAGAGGCCAGUUUAAGUUGCUUCUCUCUCAUCAUCUAACUUGAGCACCUCCAUCCUGGCAGUUGCAAGACCAGUUAUUAUGUAAUUAGCAGUUCUGACUGCCUGACCCUUUUUCUCUUUUUAAAGUGUAAAUACCUCUUUUAAGUAGCUUUUGUAUGUUUUUUUAAAAUUUCUAUUUUGAGGGCGGCAGCCCGAUACAUGUAAGAAUUCUCCCUCCUCCCCUCCCCCCAUGUCAGUGCAGCACACCACAAACUUUUGUUGUAUAGAUACUUAGUUUCCCUUUGUGUUCAGUUCCUGCCUCUAAUGUAAGGAUGGGCAAACUCCCAGCUGAAUUUCACCAUGCUGGAUAUGUUUGACAAUCAGGAAGGAUAGUAGCAGGGAACAGAUGCAAUUUUAGGGAUUGCAGUUUCUGAGUUUGGCCGCCAGGUGUCACUCUUAUUCCCUCCUCGCUGAGGAGGCCAUAUUUCUGCAGGAAACUACAGAGGAAUUGUCAACAAAGCCAAUUUGGGAAAGGCAUGUGGGUCAGGUCGGAGUUUGUUUAUCCUCCCUUCUUGCAGGUUGUUUGUACGUGGGGUGGUUUAGGGAUUUGUGUAGGAAAUGAACCACAGCAUCGUUCAUCCAAAUGUUAGGCAUCCCAUGUAUCACAGCUGCCUGGAAUUAGGACUCUCUCAGAAAACCUAUUUAAUCUUUUCACCUUUUGCCUUCAACAAGAGAUGACUAGCUCUUUUUUACUCACUGAAUGUUGUGCUAAUGCUUGUAACCAAGUGUCCGUACCACCUUCCCUAAAGUGGUUAGUCAACUAUAUACUUGUGAAUAAACAAGUAGUCAUGCCGCUAAGACAGAAUGGCACUUUCUAAAAAUUCUCCUAUGCAGUAGGUUGCUCUUCCAUGUAGCCAGGGAAUUAAUGAUAUCAUGGAAUAUGCUUUUUUCAGAAACAACACAUUAGCAUGCCACCUUCUGUGUGGCAAUACAAAGCUCACAAUCUGUGUAAAGCACAAGAAAAUCAAGUUUAGGAAUUAGCAGUAUGAAAGUGGAUGGGAACAUUUGAAAAGAAUGGGAAGUACAUGCUAGCUCCUCAAGAAAAGAUCUGUUUGUAACCAUCUCACAAAAUUUCAUCCAGUGAACUAAUCCACUGAGAGAGGAAAUACAGUAAAACCUGUGUUAUCCAGGACGCUCAGGGAUUAAGGCAUUCUGGUUAUCUAAAAAUUCCGAUUAUCUGAGGGUCCCAUCAACCUAGGAAAAACCAAUGGGCAAUAAAACUCAAGUUUUUAAUAUUAAUAGUUUUGUA